AUGGUCUCCGCAGAAUGGCAGAAGCUAAUUGACGAGAAGAGGGCCAGUCUGGAUAGUGUCAUUCCUCAAGAAUGGCGAGUCCCUGGCAAUGUUCUCGCAAAGGUUUCCAAUGAAGCCACCAUCAGCGGUCUCACCCUCCUUAAGGAAUCAAAUCUUCUCAAUGCUAGGGAACAAGAGCUCACUGAGAAGUACGAUGCCACUGCGCUUCUUGAUUUGCUAGCCACGAAGCAGGUCUCGUCUGUUGAAGUGGUGACAGCCUUUUGCAAGCGAGCAGCCAUUGCCCAGCAGCUGAUCAACCCUCUUGCGGAAAUGUUUUUCGACGAUGCAAUCGAACAAGCCAAGGAGAGGGACGGAUAUCUUGCAUGUGAGGGCAAAGUUAAGGGCCCUUUUCAUGGCCUCCCGAUCAGUAUCAAGGAUAUGAUUAACAUCAAAGGCCAAUUCGCCAACCUUGGCUACGUCUCGUAUCUGAAGAAGCCGAGAGCUAGCGAAAACUCCGUCAUCAUCGACAUACUACUGGACGGCGGAGCCGUGCUCUACUGCAAGACCACAGUACCCCAAGCACUUUUUGUCAUGGAAGGAUACAGCACAGUUUGUGGUACGACUAGGAAUGCUCACAACUUAUCGCAUACGCCAGGAGGCAGCAGCUCUGGCGAAGGUGCGUUAGUUGGCUUCCGUGGCUCGGUACUCGGAGUUGGCAGUGAUAUUGGCGGAUCUGUCCGCGCUCCUGCGCUCUGCAACGGCGUAUACGGUUUUCGGCCGUCGUCUGACAGACUUCCAUAUAGCAAGCAGCAGCAAUUUUUCCCACCAGGAUGGCCCUCGAUUACCUGCACGUUAGGACCUCUGGCGGUGUCAGCACGCGAUUUGACGCUGUUCUUCAAGCACGUCCUACUAGCAGAGCCUUGGAAGGUAGAUUCAACCUCCCAUGCUAUUCACUGGAGGGAACUGCCACCAGUCAAAACCUUGAAGAUUGGUGUCUGGAGAGACGAUCCUGCGUUCAGUGUCUACCCUCCUGUAUCCAGAAUACUUUCAUCUGCAGUGGAGAAGCUACGGAAGGCAGGGCAUGAGAUUGUCGAGCUAGAGGCUCCUUCAAUUGUCGAAGCGGUAAUUACCUCUUUCAAAUCUUUCUCACUUGAUAACAACGCGACAAUUUUCAAGUACCUCGAGGAAGGUGGGGAAGAUCUGUCACCAGCCCUCAGCGUUAUUGCCCAGGCCCUUAAGGGUCCUGCAGCUACCCUCGAAGACGUUUGGGCCGUCAAUGCGAGUAAGGAAUCCUAUCGAGAAGAAUGGGCCAGGGUCUGGCGCAGCCAUAAUAUUGAUGUCCUACUCUGUCCGGGAUCGAGGAAUACCUCUGUUCCCCAUGGAAUGUAUGGAAAUCCUGUAUGGACAGUUAUCUGGAAUUUACUCGAUUUCCCUGCCGCAGUCAUUCCAUACUUGAAAGCUGAUAAGACCCUUGAUAAGCCUGUUGAUGGAUUUGACCCCGAGGCAGUCCACGGUAGCCCUGGUUCUGUCCAAGUAGUUGGAUGGCGCUUUCAAGACGAAGAGGUCCUUCGGGCUACUGAGAUAAUUGCUCGAGAUCUACACUCGCAAGAAGGAAAGUCGAGCGUCAUGCCACGCAUCUAGUGGCGGAAAUUGAAUAACAUCUGGCUUAAAUCAAUGGACAUCAUUAAAGUUUUCGAAACUCCUCUGUGCUACCAGUAUCAUUAACAAAUGGGGUAACUCCCAUAACUGUCCAGGCACGCUCAAUAAUUAGGAUUUCUUUCUCAUUCGACAAAAUGCUCGAUUACCGAUGGAAACGUAGUGUCAAUAAGAGAGUGAAGGAUUGCCAUUCAUG